AAGAUUCCAGGUUCGGUGUCAGCCAGAAAAGUUUGGUGGGGUGAGAGCUGGGGGGCCGCUUAUCGGGUGCUUAUCGGGCCAGACCAGAAGGGUGACGCAAAAAUUCAGAGUUGCCCCUCGCUCAUCACCCCUCCAUUAAUCAGCCACCAGCGCUAUCUACUACAUCGCUCGCUGUGACCGUGUAGUGAUUAAGAAGAAAAAGACCACCACCCAGCCAUCGACCCCAGUCAACACUGCAGAACCAACGAAGGGCCGUUAUUUGGUUGAAAUUCUUCGCCGGGAUCUAACGGCCACGAAAUUCGACAUUUAGUUGAACACUCCCGCCAUUUCAAGAUGGUGUUGGCAAAGUCCAAGGGCUCCGUGGGGCUGGGCAACACGCUGAUGAAUGAUCGGUUCGGUAAAGGAAAAGGAGCCGACCGCAAAAAAGGUUCUGGCGUUACGCGAAUCAACCAUGCUACUGGCGAAGAGUACAUUACGAAUGACAAAAAGGAAGCGGCAUGGGUUAAGAUGCGCUCCGUCACUGAACAAGGGGCUUUGGAUGAGUUUCUGGCUACGGCCGAACUCGCAGGCACUGAUUUCACUGCCGAGAAGAUGAAUAAUGUCAAGAUUAUCCAUACCGACCAGAGAAACCCGUACCUCUUGACUGCCACAGAAGAAAGGAACGUCAUAGGAAAACAGAAUAUGCACAAAGGGAAAUUGACAGUGCCACGCCGACCGAAGUGGGAUUCUUCUACGACACCUGAGGAGUUAGACCAACGAGAAAGAGAGUCGUUCUUGAUAUGGAGGAGAGGGCUGGCGGAGCUCCAGGAGUAUAAUGAUCUCCUCAUGACCCCCUUUGAGCGGAACCUGGAGGUUUGGAGGCAACUCUGGCGUGUUAUCGAGCGAUCAGACCUUGUAGUUCAGAUCGUUGACGCACGAAACCCUUUAAUGUUUCGAUCCGAGGAUCUUGAGCAUUAUGUCCAGGAUGUCGAUCCCUCAAAGAAGAAUUUGUUGCUGGUCAACAAAGCAGACAUGAUGACAACUACCCAAAGGAAGGCAUGGUCGAGGUACUUUAAGGAGAAGCGUAUUGCUUAUCGCUUCUUCUCCGCAAGCUUAGCGAAGCAGCUGAACGAGGCACGCGACCUAGAGCCUGAAGAGCCAUUGCAUGGCGAGAGCUCUAACCCUAAAACAAUCCAAAAAAUCCAAUCUGAGGAUGGUGAAGAAUCCCUUGAUGGAAUUAGUGAUGAAGAAACAGAUGAAGAAAGCGGGUCGUCGGGGGCCCCAUUACCCGAAAUAACUGAAGAUGAUACCAGGAUAUUAACUGUGGAAGAGUUGGAAGAUAUAUUCCUCCAACAAGCACACGAUCCUGACGACCCCGAAAGAAAACUACAAAUCGGUUUAGUGGGGUAUCCCAAUGUAGGCAAAUCGUCAACAAUCAACGCUCUGAUCGGUGCUAAGAAAGUCUCUGUCUCCUCAACGCCGGGUAAAACAAAGCACUUCCAGACAAUUCACCUUAGCGAUAAAGUCAUCCUUUGCGAUUGUCCGGGCCUAGUGUUUCCCAACUUUGCCACGACCAAGGCGGAUUUAGUCUGCAAUGGUGUUCUACCAAUUGACCAAAUGAGGGAAUUCACAGGCCCGGCCGCUUUGAUCACGCACCGAAUACCCCAGCCAUUUUUAGAAGCUAUCUAUGGUAUUCACAUCAAAACCCGUCCUCUUGAAGAAGGCGGGACAGGAAUUCCCACAGCUAGCGAAUUUUUAUCGGCUUAUGCUAAAGCAAGAGGGUAUAAAACCCAAGGCGUUGGACUACCAGAUGAGUCACGAGCGGUGAGGGUUGUCCUUAAGGAUUACGUUAAUGGAAAAUUGCUCUAUGUUGAACCUCCCCCGGGUUGGGGUGAUGGUGGAGAUUUUAAUCGCGAACUCUAUGACGCGGCACAUUUGCCGGAAAAACGUAGAGCUGCAUUACAAGCUGCUAUGGAAGCUCUCGACAUGGGCGACGACGAAUCGACGAUGGAUACUGAUAUUCUUGCCUUACCGACCGGUUCGAAGUCGCAGUCGCUCGACAAGGCAUUCUUUGCCCGGAAUUCUGGGAACGGAGGACAUUUGUCUAUGCCAUUCAAUCAUAAAUAUACGGAACAAGGAAAAGAACAGGCAGCGGCGAGAGAGCUUAGUGGGCGUAAAGCUAGAGCCAUGAUUGCCCUCGAGACUGGGUUAGAUCCUAGUGAAGUCCGACUGGGAUCAAGUAAGAAACACUAUAAGGGGAGGGCAAAGGGUAAAGGCAAGAAGUAUGACAAUAAGAUGCUCGAUUAGAGUAUUGAGUUAUAGAAUCUAGCAGAUUAAAUCAACACACUUCAGGAAAGUGUGAGGAUGAUUGAGGAUGGUUGAAAACGAAACAAAAACGUGAAAUUUCGAAUUUGUGUUUUCCCGUGAACCAUCCUAUCCGUUAAGUAAUUGUUACGUCGCAUGAAACCUCAACGGGUCCUAUUAAAACGUACCAACGAAAUACAUAGCUAACUAGGUUCAUAGAGAUAGAGGCAUUACGGCAAGUAAAUAUCAAACCCCUCGUUGCUAUGGUUCGUAUACAGUUGCAAGUUGUCCGUCGUACUGCCGGAAAUACUAAUAUAACAAUCCCUUGGAGUAAGACAUACCACCCACCGUAAGGCCGACAUCCCCUUGAGGGCUUGAGAUGUCAACGC